CUUUCCAGAACUGUUAGAUUAGCUCCUCACACUUACUUUUUACCUAUGUCGUUGCUAUCUUCUUGCCAGAUCCAAGAGAAACAGCAAACAAUGGCAGCCGCACUUGUUGAUUCCGCAACCAGUGAGAAACUAACCGAAAUGGAUUGGGCCAAGAACAUUGAAAUUUGUGAACUAGUAGCGCAUGAUCAAAGGCAAGCUAGAGGUGUCAUCAAAGCUAUUAAGAAGCGGUUGGGUAGUAAAAACUCAAAUACACAAUUGUUUGCAGUUAUGUUAUUGGAGAUGUUGAUGAAUAAUAUUGGAGAUCAUGUUCAUAGGCAGGUGAUUGAUACAGGGCUUCUCUCUAUACUUCUGAAAAUAGUAAAGAAAAAGUCAGACUCACCCGUAAGAGAGAAAAUAUUUCUUCUUCUAGAUGCCACACAGACAUCACUUGGUGGUUCCGGAAAGUUCCCUCAGUAUUAUUCUACAUAUUAUGAUCUGGUGAGUGCAGGGGUACAGUUUCCGCCAAAGCCUGAUGUUAGUCCAUCAAAUAAUCCUACUUCAAAUGCAAUUGGAAAACAUUCACCUAGUGGGGAACCUUCUCCUUCUAGACAUGAGAAGCCUUCAGAAGGAGCAAAGCCUCAGGAUGUUCCCGAAUCUAGUCUCUUAUUACAUACAAUCAGUAUUAUUCAAAAGGCUGGUUCUGCGUUGGAGGUUUUAAGAGAAGUCCUUGAUGCUGUGGAUCUACAACAUCCUGAGGGAGCAAAGGAUGAGUUCACACUUGAUCUUGUGGAACAAUGUUCAUUUCAAAAGCAACGAGUAAUGCAUCUUGUAAUGACUUCUCGGGAUGAGAAGGUUGUCUCUCGAGCAAUUGACUUAAAUGAGCAGCUACAAAGAGUACUAGCAAGGCAUGAUGUACUUAUUUCUUCUAGGUCAACCUCUACAUCAAAUGACUUUGUCCAGGAUGAAGCAGAAGAGGAGGAAGAGGAAGCCGAACAGCUUUUCCGAAGGAUGAGAAAAGGUAAAGCCUGUGCACGACCUGAACAUGAGGAGGGCCAAAUAGAGCGACCCUUAGGUGUCUUUAAAUCUCCGAAUCCAGGAGAACGGGUGCACCAUCUGCUUAUACGACCCUUGAGUCAAGAAGGGAAUGCAGUUCCACCUGUUGUGCUUCCACCUCCGCCUGCAAAACAUAUUGAGAGGGAGAAAUUCUUCUUGGAGAACAAGCUUGAUGGUUCUGCUACGCUGGCUCCCCAUAUCAGGAACCUCUCAUUACAUAGUCACAAUGGCAGCAGCUCUAAUGACGGUGGAAGCAUGGAUAGUGACUGAGAGGGCCCUCCAAACUUCUUGUUUUCUUCUUUGUAUUUUCAGUUCCAGAAUUGAUUUCCAGUGUUUCCAGUUGUAUGCACCGAUGUUUGCUUCUUCCGUAAUAUGUGGAUGUGAAUUGUUGCUAUUUUUCUGUUUGGUGCUAAGUUAAGAUGCUCAAUUUGUGCGGCCUCUA